AUGCCGUGCGCAUGGCGCAUGAAACUACUGGUGUGCCAGGAGACCAGCAGCGUUGACAUCUACGAGCUGCGCGAGUUCAUCAAGGAGCUCGCCCGCGAGAACCUGACGCCCGUGCGCAUUCGCAACGCGCUGGGGCGCAAGUUCGGCAUGCGUCCCUCCGCUUUAUCGUCCCUACGCACCGUGCAAAACAUUGUGCACCACUACCGUCGUACCCAGCUCGGUGGAACCGCCACGCGCAAGAAGAUCUUGGAGGCUGUUUAG